UCUUCACCUUGGCCUUAUCCAUUCUGUUGGUACAUUGUCUGCCCUUGAGUGCAUUCCGAAUCUGGCCUGGAAGUAGGAGCGCGGAUUACGACCGGACGGACCGUCAAAAGUAGCUCGACCACCAUCGCGCUCGACGACAAGCUCGUCCUCUUCUCUUCUCUGAUCAGGGUGAUAUCUCCUCCAACAUCAGGACCGCCAUCCCAUACUCCGGUCUCGUUGUGCACUUCACCGGCAUUUGAUCGGAGGCUCAGCUCGAUAGGCUUCGCUAGCUGGUAAAGCACCUUUGACUUCGAUCACCAUGGCCAUCAACCCUAUCGACACGAACGCAGCGGAAGAGUACGAACUCCCCCAGAUGGCAGAAGCCGGGCCUUCCUCAAUACCGUUCUCUCCGACCACCCCGACGGCUACCACAUCAACCCAUAAAUCUAGAGCAUCUGGAUCUUCAAUUCGGCGGACGAGCGGUCCGAAUAAUGCCAAGAAGAUCUUCACGUUACAUGGCAACCAUUCGAUCUUGUUCGAUGGGAAUCAACCUCCUAAUACCGUGAAUCACGAACCUUCACCGCAGGGUAGCAACUUUCAAGCUUCGGUGCAUUCUCCCUUUCGGAGAAGACAUAAUAAACGACCCUCCGAGCCCCAUACACCUCACACACCUCGAGGCUACCCUCUCUCUGGCGUGCAAAUCCCUUCCAACCCUGCGCAUCACGACCUCUUUCUUCACGAGAACCCUGACGACCACCAUCUCUAUAACCACAACCAUAAUGGGACGACGACGGAGACAGUCGAGUUGCCGGAUUUUGGAGGCAUGUUAGGCCUCAAUGCUGAGGGAGAGGAUAAUUACCUCGUAGCCCAGGGGAUGGGGAGGGAUUGGAAGAGACGUCUUUUCUUGUUGAUGGAAGAACCGGGGAGUAGUAGGGAGGCUUUUACUAUUCAUGUCAUGUCGACGGGCGGGAUCUUGUUUAGCGCCGUCUUGACGAUCCUCUCCACCUUACCGUCUUUCCAUACGAAUCCGGGUGCCGGGAAAGCUCUUUUUGGACUCGACGUCAUGAUCGUCGUCCUCUUUACAGUAGAGUACAUCGCUAGGUUCGUGGCUCAUAGCGAUUCCCUCCGGAUGCUCUGGAACUGGUCGACUUCCUUCUUCGCCAUUGUCGACCUGCUCGCCAUCUUGCCGUUCUACAUCGAGGUCGCGUUACAGGAAGACACGACGAUCUUGUUUCGAUUCUCCAUCUUACGAACGUUACGUCUGCUACGAGUGUUUCGGGCUUUCAAGUAUCAGAAUCAGAUGCUCUUCACGAUCGAAGUCAUGUACAUCGCGGUGCACCGAUCGAAAGACGCCCUGUUCGCCCUCUCGUUCUUCCUCGUCAUGGCCCUGGUCAUCUUUUCGACCUUGAUCUACUUUGUCGAGCGUGGGGUUUGGGACAGCAAUUUGGGGACUUUCGUCACGGCAGACGGCGAUCCGUCUGCUUUCGAGUCGAUACCCUCGGCUGCUUGGUUCGUGCUUGUUACCAUCACGACCGUGGGCUAUGGCGAGAUCAUCCCUCGAUCCGUGCUCGGCCGACUGUUCACCGUACCGCUGUUGGUCUUUGGGUUGCUCCUGAUCGCCCUGCCUAGUUUCGUGCUUGGACGUAAUUUCGCAAUCGUGUUCGAUGCCAUGCAGCAUCAAUUGAACGUUCCUGUCAAGGCCGCAAGUGUCCGUAGCUCGCUCGAUCGAGAAGCCAAUGCUCUGCCAGGACCCGGCGCCAUGUCCACGCCUCAUCGUCCCGAAACACCCUCGUCACCGCCAUCCAGUACGUUCCGGUUGGCGGACCGAGGCAUCGUAUCGGGCGGGAACCAGUACGACGCCUUGCCUUCGGGCGAGCCAUCGUUACGUACCGCCGUUACGGACGUCAGUAUGAGCGGCGGGGAUGCGUAUACCCGAUCGACGAGCGCACAGGGUCAGAAGAGAGCGCCCGCUGUCAAUUCCGGUGGACCAGCAGCGGUGGGGACGCCAGCAGCUAGGGAUCUCUCCAACGCCAAGUUGGCCUUGAACCAGUCGGUCUUGUUGAGUCACAUAGAACGCCUGACACAGGUGACGGAACGUCAGGGCGAGAUGCUCGAUCGGAUCAUGUCGCUGCUCGAUGCACAGGCUGGCAGACAGGUCGAAGCCGCGGAACCGGGCACGAAAGAAUCGUAGAUGAUUCCCUCGUCUUUGUAUCUCACCUCGAUGCGCACCGGAUGGUCAUGUGGUGUGUGAGAUCUGUACAUGCCGUUCGUUUCGCGCUGCCGAACAAGUGGCU